AUGGAGCUCGCACUCCUCUCCACCGUUGCGCUCUCGCUCUCGGCCGUCCAGCCCGCGCCCGGCCUCAUGAAGCUCCGUGGCGGCAUGUCGCUCGGCCCGCUCAACCCCGGCAACUUUGAGGGCGGCAUGAAGGUCGCGGCCGCCAUCACCGCGGCGGGCGCCGUCACCUCCAAGUACGCCGACGUCGGCGAGACGCAGCUCACCAAGCUCUUUUCGGGUGAUGUGUGGAACACCAACCUGAUCAUCUCCAUCGUGACGGGCGUCACUUCGACGGUCGUCUACUCGGUGGGCGGCUCGGCCUUCGACGCCGCCAAGCUGACCGCCGUCCUCUGGGCGGUCGGCCUCCUCUCCAAGCUCAAGAACAACAACUUCGACGUGGGCACGCUCAAGGACAACCCCGUCGAGACGGUCGUGGCCGCAGCCGCCGCCUACCUGGCCUUCGCCUAGAGCCAACUGGGCGCCGAGGGGCGCGCGCCGCGAGGAGAGGCGUCCACAGACCGCCCUCUCCGACAGGACCAAGCCGCGGUGACCCGGUGGCCCCUUCUUAUGGCCUCGCUCGCCCGUACUGUGCAUGCAUGUCCAUGUCGCACAUGCCCAUGUCGUCCCCCGUGUGUCUUUCAGCAUGUGUCGUGUAGGUAGUUCUGUACGCUGCGUGCCUGGGGUCGGGCUGUCUCCUGGGUCGUACAGUACCGAUAUCCGC